CUGAUUUCAUCUGCACAAGUUCACAGGAUAGCAGUUUAAAAAAAAAAAGAAAAGAAAGAGAACAAGUUGCUUCUAUUUAUUUAUAUUACAACAUUGUAUAUCCAACAGGAAACCUAUUCUAAUAAUAUUUGCAGCUGCGAUCAGACAAAAAUGGGAAAUCUCGAGGAGAUCUCUUUCAUGGUUAUUGGGCGGUAAUUGGCUCCCAGAAAACUAGAAUCAAGGACAAUAAACGAUAGCUCCCCUCUUUCAACUUCAUCAAGUCAAUGCAUAUGAUUUUCAAUCCCAUUAGAACAAUACCUAAGUGCAUCCACUUUGAAUGUUAGUUGAUCAGAAAUCUUGACCUGACGGUUAAACUGUCACAAGGAGAUAGCAGUAAAAGCUACCACAGUUUUCAGUACUAAAAUGUCUCUCCAUUAGAGGAAAUUAAACUUAGAGAUAUUCCAUCAAUAUCCGUCUGCUCAUAUGUAUAAAUGCAUAUAAGUUCCCAAAGAACCUUUACCUCAGAUAUUUGUGUCGCCAAAAUGUCGAUUUUCCAAGGUUCUGAAACAUCCCAGCCUCACAUUGCUCUCUUUCCAAGUGCUGGAAUGGGUCACCUGACCCCUUUUCUCCGUCUUGCUUCCAUGCUAUUGUCACACAAUUGUAUGGUAACUCUGCUCACUACUAAAUCUACAGUAUCAGCAGCCGAGUCCACAUAUAUUUCUUUCUUUCUUUCAACAAAUCCAGAAAUCAAACAUAUUGAAUUCCAAGUUCCUCCUAUGCAACCUUCCAAUACCACUGCAGAUGAUCCUUUCUUUAUCCAAUUCAAAGCUACUAGCCGUUCUGCCCAUCUUAUUUAUCCUUUAAUAUCUUCUUUAUCGCCACCUCUCUCUGCCAUCUUUUCUGACUUAGUAGUAGCCUCUGGUGUCAGCAAAGUUGCUGUUUAUCUUGGUAUUCCUAAUUACGCUGUAUCCACCACUUCUGCCAAGUUUCUUUCUCUUUUGGCUUAUCUUCCAAUCCUGACAUCUGAUGCUGCUAAACUGAGCAACAGAUCUACUGACAUUGAGAUACCAGGCCUAACCCCAUUGCCUAUAUCAAGCAUUCCGCCUCCAUUCUUCAAUCCUGAUCAUCUUUUUACAGCAACCCUUGUAUCAAAUGCCAUAGCUCUCCCGGAUUGCAAAGGAAUUCUAAUGAAUGCAUUUGAUUGCUUUGAGCCUGAAACUCUUUCAGCAAUCAACAAUAAGAGAGCUUUAAGAAAUCUCCCACCAAUUCUCCCCAUAGGACCAUUGGAAACUUAUGAGCUCAAGAAGGACCUGGGUCAGUAUCUACCUUGGCUAAACAGCCAACCAGCAGAAUCUGUCGUGUUUGUAAGCUUCGGAAGCAGAACAGCCAUGACAAAGGAUCAAAUAAAGGAAUUGAGACAUGGACUAGAAAAAAGUGAGUAUCGAUUCCUUUGGAUACUGAAGACGAAAACAGUUGACAAGGAUGACACUGAAGAUUUGGAAGACUUAUUAAGCUGUUCAUUUCUAGAAAGAACAAAGAACAAGGGCAUGGUAUUAAAGGAGUGGGUGAACCAGCAAGAUAUUCUAGCACAUCCUGCGGUAGGAGGCUUUGUAAAUCAUUGUGGGUGGAACUCAGUGAUGGAAGCAGCUCAGAGAGGGAUUCCAAUGCUGGCAUGGCCUCAACAUGGGGACCAAAGAGCGAACGCGGAGGUUUUGGAGAAGGCAGGGCUUGGAAUAUGGGAUAGGACAUGGGGCUGGGGUGGUCAGAGGUUGGUUAAAACGGAUGAGAUUCAGAAAAGGAUCAGUGAGCUGAUGACAGAUGUGAAGCUGAAGAGUAGAGCCAAGAAGGUAGGAGAAGAAGCUAGGAAAGCCACUGGAAAUGGUGGGAGUUCCAUAAAGACAAUCAUGGAAGUCAUUGAAUCGUUAAAGCAAAACAACAGGAGCUGAGGUUUUCCUUUUUUGGUCAAUUUCUUCUUAAUUGCCUUAUUGUUUUAGGUUCUCUUAAAAGAGAAACAAAAAAUAGAAUGGGAUAUUGUUGAAGCAGGAAUUUUCUUGACUUCACCAAUGUUCUUAGUUUACUUGGCAUUAGUGGAACAGUGUGAUCCAAGUCAAUGUAUCUGCAAAUUUCAGUCAACUGUUU